AUGCGGGAUGCGACAGACAAUCCAGGCGGCAGGAAGGGAAAGAUUCGCUCGGGACGGACGACACGUAUUCUCGACCUCACGAAAGACAGACCCUCAGGCUCGCGCAUGCAGCCUAUCCGGCUAUCCACGAGCGCUCAUGCUGGCCCUUCGGACCCGUUGGCAAUCCGCGGCGCCGCUCGACCCACGGCAGUCGGGCGGAUACGACGAAAUGCAGUCUCCGGAGCAAGUGUCCAGCCAUCAGCAAUACCCGUUCGUGUGGCGAAACCAAAGCAAGCAGUGGACUCUUGGAGGGAGUUUGUCCAGAAGCGCUAUAAUGCCGAGGCGAAAUAUCUCAACCUUGAUUCCAUGAUUGAAGACGAACUUGUCAAAAAGUAUAAUCUUACACCGCCAGGACAUGGAGGAACGUCUCGUGAUGCCGCCGUCAUCUUCAAGCUCGCUAGCCAACUAAAACCAGAGAUCCAAAGCUUGUCGUUGGCGAACAACAACCUAACCGGAACCCUUCUCGUUCAACUGGGUCGUUACCUUCCCAAUAUCGUGAACUUAUCAUUACAAAACAACAAGAUUCGCGACAAGAAGGAAAUCAGCAUGAUUGUGCCGAGGAAGGAUAAGAUGAUUCACCUGCGGGAGCUUGUUCUGACGGGCAACCCUAUCCGAGAGUUGGCGUACAAGAAUGGGGCAGGAGCAACUUACCGAGCCGACAUGGUCCGCCGAUUUACAUCACUCGAAGUUCUGGACCAAGAGCCCAUUACCCAAAUCUCCUUUGAUGCUCCACAACCUUCAGCAUCUCAUGUACCAGUCGAGAAGCCGACUGCGACGACGUUUCCUUUCGAAGUGGGACCAUCGUUUGUCACUGGCGUGGACGGUGCAAUCGUUAGCAAAUUUCUCACCCGCUUCUUCAAUGCAUUUGAUAGCCAACGCGACUUGCUCAUGGGAGCAUAUGACACGGCCGCGACAUUCUCCUUCUCGGCCAACACUUCAAUCCCGGCACGUGCCCGUGUUGUGGGUUUCCACUCCUCGCCAGCGAUGCCAAACCAGCGCAAGCUGGAUUGGAAGACGUGGCUCGAGACAGGCUCGCGGAAUCUUAACCGCAUCGGGGGCGAUCCGCAAAAGACUCUGGGGAAUCUGCACAUUGGCGGCGAACAGAUCGUGAAGGUCCUUGCGAAUCUCCCACCGACCAGGCAUGAUAUCAGUGGUCCGCCGGAGAAGUUCUGCUUGGACUCGUUCCCUGUGCCACAUGGGCAGAGUAUGGGGUUGCUCCUGACCAUUCAUGGAGAGUUCACGGAAGUCUCUUCUGGUGGUAUUCGCUCGUUUGACAGGACCUUCAUGCUCGUUCCUGCCACAGAGGGUUCACGAGCCAAACUAAAUGGAUGGGACGUAGCUAUCUUGUCAGACCAGUGGAUUAUUCGCAGCUAUUCUAGUCAUGAAGCGUGGAAGGCUGGUCCGUUGUUAGUUCAGGCGACCGGUCAGCAGUCCCAGCCUGCACCAGGUGCAGCCCAACCAUUUUCUAUAGCCAAUUUCCCGGCAGAUCAGCAGGCUGCCCUUGCUUCUCUUCCUGAAGCACAACGCAACCUUGUGAUUGAGGUCUGCGCGCGAACGGGGCUGAAUGCCAAGUUCGCAGUUGAUUGUCUAACCGGCAAUGCCUGGGAUUUGGAGAGGGCCAUCGCGAACUUCAAUCAAGUGAAGGGCUCUCUAGCCAGGGAUGCUUUUCUCUAG